UCUCGCGGCAGUCUGCACUGUGCCGCCGUUCGAAUAGUACGUGUCGCCCGGCGCCGCGACGCCGAUCCUCCGAUCGCGAAAAAAGUUUAACACACGAAACUUUCUUAAGACUUUCCUUUCAACACGAAUACUGUUGAACUGGAACUGUCUGUUUUUCAUCCGGCAAACGUUGAGUGACCUUACAUCAAACCGGAAUUCGGUACCCCAAGAACGAGUUUGGUCUCCGGUCCCGUGGCAGGACAUUCGUGAAGUGAGAACUUUAUUUUCAGUGCUGUGAUCAGUGUCUGUGACUGGAUUAUCCGUUAAACAGAUAGAUUUAAGGAGGACUAGUCCCCGCCUCUUUAGGUCGGCUACAUAAAUAAUAGUGCUGCCAAAAUUUACAAGCAUGCCGCCGCCCGUGUAAGGCAUGAGCGGGCGCGGAGCGGGCGGGCAGCGCUGCCAGCUGAUCUUGCAGCGUUGCCUUGCCAUCCACCUCACCAAGCCGGGCAACGCGCCAGAUGACUUCUGGAUGUACGACUCUGGAUAUCUGCUGUUCCAGAGCUUCCUCGCGGCGAACGCAAAAUGCUGGUGGGCGGGCGCACUCGCAGCUGCCACCGCGGAGCUCCGCUACGCGGGCUACGUGUCCCCGGGCGUGCUGCUCGUGGCCGGUGCGCCCCGGGCGCUCGAGACCGUCCGCGGGGCCUACUCCCGCUCCGUGCUGAAGCCCCCACCCACUUAUCUUAUCUGUGGUCUUGGUGACAUCGAGGACUGUAUAGUGACGCCGGCAUAUCAAGGGCAGUUCACUCCCUUACCUGAAGCGCUGUGUGAUUGCAUUAUGGACUUAACCUCUCAGGGGCAGUCAGCAACACUAGAAAGCAUACGAACGUCGCUCUCUUCUAAAUUCCCGUCCAUGCAGACUCCUUCCCAAGAGGUCGUGUAUGACACGCUCGCACAGCUAAUGCAGGAGAGGAAAAUAUACCAGACGUCCAGAGGAUUCUUUAUUGUCACGCCGGAACGCCGUCGCUCCCGCUCCCGCUCGUCUUCCCGCCACCACUCCACCGAGGACGAAUGCAGCUCGCCCAGAACCAUCCUCAUGUCCGACCAGGAAGCCCUUCAUCAGCUGUAUGGAGAGAUAACCACAGUACGGGACGGUGCGGUCACGCAUCAAUGUGUUCAGACCAAUUUGGCGGAUGUAAUAUGUGGAGGCAACCCGAACGACAAAAUUCUAUACGGCAGGCCGAACAAGCGCCGCAGCGCGUCAUUCCCCGCACCGCGCUCGCUCGACCGUCGUAAUUCCCUUCGAAUAUUCGGUUCGUCGAGCAAAUACUUGCAGCGAUGCGCAUCUACCCGCAGUCUUCACCACAAACAUGCGAACACAACUGACAGCUCCUCAUCCACCGACUAUCCACCUAGCGUAGAAUCUGCGUCGCCUAAGAAAGUGUCGUUGCUCUCCCGCUUAUUUAGACGAAGCGGCCGCAGCAAGCAGACCCGCGCGAUGAGCACAUUCUCUGCUCAGUUUCCACCGACGGAGUGGUUCAACUCGAAAGCGGUUCAUCUUCAUUGCGUUGCAACACAAACUGACUCUAAGGAGUCCUUGCAGAGUCAAACAUCAUACAUGUCAUCGUAUUACGACGGUUCGGAGAUAAGCAAUAGAUCAUCGACGCUACCAAGGAGGCACAAACGACACCUUUCCACUGAAUCCGGCUUGGCGGGAUCCGUACACUAUGAUCACUCACCUAUACGACAAUCCAGUCCCAGUUCUGGCAGCUUACCAAGAUCAUCGCUCAGCAGGAGUUCCACAAACAAAACAAUUUUAGACCAUUUUGGCUCACCACAAAGAAGCGAUCCGAAGCUAAGAGACAGUCCAAGUGGAAGUUUAAGAAGAGUUGAUUAUUCGGACAAUGUUAUGUCAACUAGCGGUCCUUCCAGUUUAGAGAGCACGACGACUCAUCGGACGCCCAGAAAGGAUAGCAGAAAUACGCACUCAGAUCAAAAUUCACCAAUGAAAAGGAGCUACCAUACAAGCGGUAGUAGCGGUCACUCCAGUCUCGAAUCACAUAUAUCUGACCGCACAUUGAAACCUUCACCUAGUCAUAGUAAUGGAGUGCCGGGUCUUAGUAGAGCCCAAUCGCUUGUGAAAGUUCAAAGCUUGCAGAGUUCUCCAAAGAGUCUCCAUAAAUUUCGCACAAAACCACCGAUUGUUGGUGGUGAAACUGUGAAAAAUGGUAAAAACACAUCGCCCAAUACAUCUCCAAAAAACUGCCCAAAUACACCCAAAAAAACCGCUACGCCUUUGCAUAACAAAAACCUAGGAUCUAAGAUAGAAAAUCCAACAACUGCAAUGCUUGCAAGCUCUAAUUCAAAUAACUCAAUAACUCUUAAAGUCACAACGAACACUAUACAUCAAAACGGCGGUACAAAUACGAAAGUCUACGUACAAAAUUCUCCUGUCCGAUCAGUUAUAACUUUCGAAAAUGGUAAAGUAACUGAAACGAGUAACGGAAGCAACAUUUAUAUUAUAAACGAUGAUAGGCAGGUGGUAUCUGUAUCUCAAAAUGGGAUAUCGAAUUCGACUUCAAAAAACCCAACUGAAACAUCCUUCGAUGUCUCUGUAGAAAAUAAUAAACAAAAGUAUAAGGACACAGAAGCAAUGAAAAUGCAAGAAAACAAAUUUAACAAAAAUUCGAUGAACGAAGCAAACAUGAAUAAUAACCGAAAGUUAUCAUUGCAAAUUGGCGGUGCUACAAAUAACAAUAACAGUUUCAUAUACAAAAAUCAACUAAACAACACAAAUGAUGUUACAUCAAAUCCUUCUUCUCCAGCUAUUCACAAUAACAUACACAAUGUAGAGGCAACGCCUAAUAGCAAUCCUUCGACACCUACCAAAAGCUAUGAUAAUAUAAUUGGGUCAUUAGGCAGUUUGAGGUACCAAAAAAACUCACUCUCAUCAGCCAACAGUGGUAUGCAAACGAACAUAAAUUCGAACAGCGAACUUAAAAGCGUCGACUUGUUGAAAAAAGCAGCGGCUUUACAAAUGUUGAAUGGUCUUCCAAAUAACCGAAUGAGCUCUGAAUCAAUCGCCAAUUUAUUAACAAAAGGUAUCGAUCCGAAACCAUCGGUUCUUGGCUCAGAGCCAAAUCUUGCUUUAAAAAACCAAGAGUCAAUGAAGGAUAACACAUCGACUGAAAAGAUAAAUUGCUUAGAAAACAAACAGAAGAGGUACAGUUUGAGCCAAGACGGUAAAAAAGAAAAUCAAGAUUUUUACAACUUCCCUAGCCUUAGUGACUUGAGCUUUAACUUCACUAGUUUAGCCGCACAAAAGAUUUUAAAAGGAGUCAGCAUAAACAGUGUGGAUACGUUAGUUGAACUAAAUAUGGCCGCAAACAAUACGGACAAACCAAACAAUCGUGACGUCACGCCUGUGUGCACAGAUUUUGGCCUUGUAUAGUGUCUUAAUAUUAUAAUAUUGUUAAAAUGUACAAUAGUAGACUUAUAAUAUCAUCUAAGUUAGAUAUAACGUAUUCGUAACAAAUUUAGAUUACACCCUAUGUAAUAUUUAGUUCAAACUUUGUACUCAUUUGAAUUUUGUACUCCCCACUUAUCCUAUUAUUCUUUAGAUACCUAUUAUCAUUGAUAAAGAAAACUUUAAGAUACAUAGUUACACAUUCGAAGCCUUAUUGAUGUUUCCUUCUGGAAAAUGUAGUAGGUGCAUGUUAUACAAUCUUAUUACAAACUGUUUACAGUGUUCAAAUGGAGAUAUUCAUUAACACAUAAUUUUAUAAGAGGGAAUGAAUCGUCUAACUAUGCAUCUUCAGUUUGUUAUUAAUGCCUAUCAUGUAUCCCUUCUUAUCUUUUAAGGUCUUUACUAACUUAUUGUCAAUUUAACUUUAUACAUGCAUCAUUAUUCACACUAUCAUUAUUUUAAAAAUCUUGUCCAAUAAAAUGUGACAAUAAGACUCACUAAUGUGGCCUAAGAAUACCCAUCCAAAAGGAAUGUAGUGCCUAAUAUAAUCGAAUUAUUAUCCUCAGUAUUUGUAGUGUAAUUAUAUGUAUCUAUUGCACUAACCCCUAGCACAUAUCUAAAAAUAUCACUUAGAAUGUAAAGUACCUUUCACACAUCUGCACUUCUUUUCGUGCCAUCACAUUUCCAGUGAAGUCGAGUACAAACUAGGAUAUCUAUCCCCGCGAAAACAGAUUCAAUUUUAUUGGAUAGGGAGGUGAAGGGUGAUUCAGACCUGAUAGUGUAUUGGAGUGCUAGAAGUGCACUUUGUUAGAAAUUUAUAUAAAUAAUUACAUUCUUAAAAAAACUUGGGACAAUUUUUCAUUUGUGUCGCAACAACUGUCCAUAAGUGGUUCUCUGAAGACGUCACAUAAUUUUAUUCCCAUUUAGUACACAACAAAACUUUACUACUACUUCAAAAUGCACUUCCAUUGCCUCCAAAACACAUGCAAAUGUGAAUCAUGCAUAAAGUAUGUCAUGUUUAAGUGCCAUAAACAAUAAUGUAAACGUGAGAUGAAUCAGGCAUUGGGAUUGGAAUAUUGGUAUUAUUUUAUGUUGGUCCGUACUUAGUGCGAGACAAUGGGUAAUAUUUAUUCAUUAGAAAAUAUAAUCAAAAGUCAAUGCAUAUUAGUGUAAGUAAGAGUUCAGUUACGCCAUUUGUAAAAAUGUAUUAACAAUAUAAGUUGAUGCUUU